AUGAAUGAAGCCAGUGGACUUGAUCACUUACCUGAUGAUAUUUUGCUCCAUGUCUUCAAAUUAGUGUCGAAAGUUGACUUGUUUAGUGUUUCUCAGGUUAAUGAAAGGUUCCACCAUCUCACAAGUGACAGUUCUUUAGUUAGGUCAUGUGACUUCACUGGCGAUCUCCACCAUGAGGCAUUCCAGUGGUUCAAAACAGCAACAAAAGCCACAGGACAUUACGUACAGAGACUAUGCAUGAAUCAGAUGUUCUGGAUUCCUCAACAGAAGCUCUACCCACCCCUCGCAAGAUGUCGGAACCUGGUUGAGUUACACGUCAUUGGUACGAGCAUCUGCAGUGAAAAUGUUGGACGUCUGCUGCAAAAAAUGGACCCAGGCACAUUACAUGUUCUUGCCUUGUCUAUAGAGCAUUUAGCAGACUUGUCCACAGAUAUUUUCAGGUCUUACAAUGUGCUGAAUGUAGCUCGAUACCUCCGUGCUCUGACUUUAGAUUUUCGUCAUCGCCGAAAGUGUCAUCAUCAUGGCAGGGGUGCCACUGCUGGUGAGGGGUCACUUCUCCAAAGAUACACCAUACACAUCGAGACUGAGCUGCCCGAGUUCUUGAGCGCCUGUCGAAGACUGGUCCGAUUAGAUCUAUCCUCUGUGAAUGAUCGCAAAGAACUCAUUGCAAAUCCUGCACUAAUAAUGCAUGACUUUAGUGGUGACCUCGAAGAUCUGUGCUCCCUCACUGAACUCUCAUUACAAGUGCUGUGCUACCAUAAUUCUGAGGUCGUCAAGUUUCACACCUGGCUGCGGGAAGGGUUGUUACGACUGGGUGUCCAUUUCAAGGGCCUUGUCCAAGGACCAACGUGGGUGCAGAGCUAUCGAGAUGCAAAGUGUCUUUCAGAUACAGAAUUCUUGAAGAGAGAAUGUCUUAAGAUAUUUCCUCAAGUGCCACAGUCUUCUCACACUGACUUGGGUGCAGCGAGAAAUCUUACAUGUUUGAUAAUCAUGGGGUCGAUAAUCAACAACAGUCAAGUACGCUUAAUCGCUGAAAACUGUGUGAAGUUGGAAUCUGUGAAUUUCUCCCAGUGUCAGGACGUCUUUCUAGAAAAAUCAUCGGAUCAUCUUCAUCCCGGUGAUGAGAUAGAGCCAGGAGUUCAUAGGGUUGAUAUAUGUGGCUUCCAACUACUGAUAAAGAACUGUACAGAUCUACGCCACGUCAACAUAAGCGGGAUCAGUGUCUACAAUCAUAUCAAAGCCAAAGAACUUUUCGAAUCUCUCUCAGAAAUCAAAGGUUUACUUAGUCUUUCAAUUUCAACGUCUCUCCUUGGUGCUGUGUUAGGAACUCGUACAAGGCGAGGGAGCACGAUGCAUUCUCUCACUGACGGCUUUGGACCAGGGCCUAGGAAGAGGAUAGCUCAUCGGCGUCAUGCAGAUGCAACUGGGGGUCCAUUUGAUGAAUUUGUAUCACAGACGCCUCACAUGGAAGAGUUUGAAAUCCUCAGCACGGUUCAUGAGACUGACUCCUUGAUACACGAGUGUGGUCUGGGGUGCUUCCAUGCUUCAUCUGCCAACCGUGAAGACUGGUUUGUGACAGACCAAGAUAUUGCUUGUGUAUCAAAGUGGGGCAAUCUCAAAUCACUGACUCUCUCAGGACUUCUCGGUCUAAGUACGGGUUCGUGUCUCAUGUCCAUUGCUGCUGGUUGUCCAAAACUACAGCGACUGUUCAUUGAUCAUAUUGGUCCAACUGGCAAAUGUAUUUACGAGCUUGCGCUUCUGGAGGCAUUACAACACUGCCACAAUCUCCUUGAUCUCAGAAUCGAGCAGCCCCAUUUUCGCUUCAACCGUCAGUUUGGUGCGUCUCUCCAAAAGUCUUCUCAGCUAAGGCGGUUGUGUCUCAUGGGACGAGACUCCAUAUUUGAUGAAGCUGCCGUUGCAGGGUUAUUCGAAGGUCUCCCGGACCUCGUGUCACUACAACUCUUCCCGAGCGUUAGCCAGAAAGUCUGCAAACAGCUAAAAGACACACUGACUAAAAGGUGGCAGCCCUCUUGUCCAGCCCUGAGUAUCGCAAUCUCAUCGCUCUCGUUUGGCAGUAGUCUCGAUGAUACUUGUCUGGAAAAGGAACUCUGGGGGAUUCCCGACAUCCACCUAAAAGAGAUGGUUAACUGCGCUUCCCGCGUGGCUACCGUCUGGCCGAAGAGGAUAGGGGAGUUUGGCCAGACAACCCAGUGUUGUAGACAUGUCAGACCUGUGGCAAGCUGUGGUGCUCAUUCGUCAAGAACUUGAGGAGAACCUUGCAUGCUUCUGAAGGUGGUGCUCUCUUCUAUGCUUCUCAGGUGUCAACCGUCUGGCUGAAGAGGAUGGGGAAGUUUGGGCCUGUGGCAAGCUGUGGUGCUCAUUCGUCAAGAACUUGAGGAGAACCUUGCAUCCUGCUGAAGGUGGUGCUCUCUUCUAUGCUUCUCAGGUGUCAACUGUCUGGCUUAAGAGGAUGGGGAAGUUUGGGCAGACAGCGCAGUGUUGUGAUGUGCAUUCAUCAAGGACUUGAGGACCUGUCAGCUAAGGGGUGUUCAGCUCCGAGUUCUAAUACCCUUGCCUUGGUUGCUCCGAUUCAACUGAGAUCUGGAUUUCUCACAUCAAAUGGUCUUGCAUUUAUUUUCAUGCAGCUAGUAUUACAAGAAAUGAUAAAACCUGUGAUUGUGCUUAACUGUGAUGCUGUAUUCUGUAGAUUUUAUAUCUUUGCUAACACCAAGUUGCUUUGUAUAAGAGUUAUUUUUUGCAUGGAGUCUGUCUUGAAUAGUGUCUCCCAGGAGAAUCAGCAUGUUUGCCUGCAUGUCUGAAGCGUUGCGUAACUACAUGGAUGAUGCAUUUUUACAAUGGACUCGUAGCAAACCUUCUUUUUGACGAUUUUUUCAGUUACAAGAAUUUCUGUACUUACA